AUGUCAGAUAUCAGAAUUUACUACGAAGACGGAAUAAAUGCUCCAGUCGAUGGGCAUGGAAACGAAGCUGUUGAGAUGGAUGUAGACAACGAAGCCUUCCCUCUCGGUAACAUUACCAACUACAAUACUUAUGUUGAUAGGAAGCCACCUGAAAGAGAAUUGACCGUACUAAAAGAGAAAAAGAUUAAAAAUAAGAAAAAUGUGCCCAAGACUGAAUAUAACAGCUACACAGACAAAGACAAGGCAAGAUUCUUUAUCCUUAUCUACGACCAUGGCAUGAAUCCUAAUCAAGCUUGGAAAGCGCACGGCCAUAUAUCAAGAACAACCGCUUACAGAUGGUACGCAGAGGAUCAAAAAAAGGUUAACAAAGAAAUUGAGGACGAUGAAGAGCCAGUUAAGAGAGCAGGUCGACCAAAGAUUUUGAACGAAGACCAUACGAAGCACCUAAAACUAGAAUUUGAAGAUAAUCCAUCAGUAACAAUCGAACAAGCUCAUGAGAGUCUUGUUAGGGCUUUCUCGGGUUUGACUAUCAGCCAAACGACUAUUUACAACUACAUGACCAAUGAUCUUGCCUUGACUUUCAAGAAAGCUCAUUUCCAUUCCAAAGAAAGAAACUCGCCUGAAAACAUUCAAAACCGGUACGACUGGGUAGUCAAAUGGAGCCAAACCGACAUGGAUUACAUGUCCAACUGUGUUUUCAUUGAUGAGUCAGCUUUCCAUAUUAACUUGAAGCGAACAAUGGCUUGGUCAGAGAAAGGAACUCGAGCUGAAGUGCCUGUACCUCAAACAAGAGCGAAAACUACCACUAUUAUUGGCGCAACUAGCGUAUGGGGAGUGUUGAAUGUUCAAGUGAGGUUGCCUGGAACAUCCAACAAGAAAAGAAAGUUAGCUGGCACUUCUUCUGGAAAAGCAACAACAACUGUGGGUACUGUAACUGGCCACUACUUUAACUUUAUUGCGAAAACGAUUGAUAUCAUGGACCAGCAUGAGCAAUUCAAAGAUUUUUAUCUUGUUAUGGACAAUGCACCCAUCCAUACAGCCAAGGAUAUUGAGAGGUAUAUCAUUCAGCGAGGUUACAGAUGUGUUUACCUCCCACCAUACUCCCCUGAGCUUAAUCCUAUUGAGCAAUUCUGGCAUGUGGUCAAGAGUAAACUCAAGAGGGAGAGGCUCUUAAAAACUGAAACACUUUCGACCAGGAUUACCGAUGCAUGCAAUGAUGUAUUGUACAGUGAUCUUGAAGGUUCUGCUCGCUACUCUGUUAAGAAAUUCGAUGUUUGUUUGGCGAAAGAGCCAUUGUAA